UUGACAUUUAGUUUGAUAAGUUCAUUGUGCUUGGUGGUGCAACCAUUAGGUAUCUGAUUAAUCAAUUUAGUCUAACUAUAUCACUGUAUUUAACUUAUUUACUCACUGCUACAUAAUAUAUCGUGCAACCAACAACGGUUCCACUAUUUAUAUCCGCAUAGAUUUUUAUUGAAACAAAAUGGGUAGGUCCAGAUCUCGAAGUCGAUCUCCAAGAAAGCAUCAUAAAAGUAAGCAUCACAAAAGAAGUAAAUCUCGAGAAAGAAGUUACAAAAAUUCUGAUCGAGUGGAAAAAGAAAAAACGAAGGAUAAGCAUCUUAAGUCAAGAAAACGUUCAAAUUCAAUAUCUUCAACCUCCAGUAGUAACGCUUCUGAUGAUGGUUCCAGAAAUGAUAAAUCCAAUAGAAAGUACAAAUCACGUAAAAUGGAUGAAGUUGAGAGGCUGGCAGAAUUGGAACGUAAUAGGAGACAGAGGGAAGCUGAGCAAAGGUUAAUAGAAGAAGAAACUGCAAAAAGGAUAGAAGAUUUAGUCAAGAAAAGGGUAGAAGAAGAAUUAGAAAAGAGGAGAGAUGAAAUAGAGAAAGAGGUAACUAAAAGGGUUGAGGAAGCCAAACGGAUAAUGGAAAAGGAAAUGAUGGAGGAUCUGGAGAAGAGGAGGGAGAAAUUAAAAGAAGAAGAAAGAAGACGUGAGGAGGAAGAAAGGAAGAAACAAGAGAUAGUGGAGAAAAUUCUGGAAGAGAAUCAAAGAAAGAUAGAAGAGGCACAGAAAAAAUUGGCUGAAGAGAGACUAGCGAUGGUGGAAGAACAACGCAAGAUCGACGAAGAGAGGCAGAGACUUAGAAAAGAACAGGACAAGAGGACGAAAGAGGAACAGAAGAAAAUACUGGGGAAGAAUAAUUCCAGGCCGAAGUUGUCGUUUUCACUAAAACCUGUUUUAUAGCUAGUGAUAGAGUCGCCGGUACUGUGUGAAAGUGACACUUCCGUAUAUUUGUAAUUAAAACAAUAAUUUAAGUGAAUCUAGUGAUAAAUUUCGUCAGUACGAAUUGGUAAUAAUAUUUACUUGCAUUUUUAUUGUUUCUAUGAAAUAUAGCUCAUUUUAUAACUUAA